AUGAAGGUCGCGGCCGUCCAGCUUCUCAUAACCUCGGCUGCAGUGCUGACUACUGCACUCGGCUCAAACCAAGUUCCACAAAAACAGCAGCAGCAGCAGCAAAAUGAGAAUGUGCAAGGACAGGGACAACAACAAUACGAGAAGGGGCAGGACAAGGGAAAGAAACAGCAAGAUGGACAGCAGCGGCAGCAGCAGCAGCAAGGGGCCUGCAACAUCGGCGCCCUCGUCACCACCGUCACCGUCGGUUGCGGACAAUGUGCGACAGAUAAUGGAACCACUGUCACCCACACCGUCACCCAGGCCGCCGCGAAGAUGAAGGUCACCCAGGCUCCUAUGAAAGGUGCCAAAAAGCCCCAAGGGCAAGGAAAGGAGUCCCGAGUGAAGGGAGAGCAGUCCCAAGAAAGAUCUGGUGCGAACAAAAACCAGCAGGCCGAGAUCCUAAUCAUCACACGCACCGUCGUCAAGACCAAGACCGUUAAUGGUCAAUGUGCAGGGGCCCAGCAAGCCCCGGCCCCUACCAUCAUCAUCAACGAGGGCUGCAACAGUGGAGAGCGAGGCGGCAAAAGUGUAGAGCAGGCUGGCCAAAAGGAGUCGCCGCAGGUCCCAGCCACGCCCAACUUGGACGGCAACGGAGUCGGGGUCAAAUUGGUGCCUUUGCCCAAGCCUGCGCAGUCUCAGGUGUCUGAAUCUAAGCCGUCGGAGCAGCCCAAGCCUGCGCAGUCUCAGGUGUCUGAGUCUAAGCCAUCGGAGCAGCCCAAGCCUGCGCAGUCUCAGGUGUCUGAGUCUAAGCCGUCGGAGCAGCCCAAGCCCGAGCAGCCCAGUGCGGACCCGGCCAAGGCAGCCCCGGCCAAGGCAGCCCCGGCCAUGGCAGCGCCAGCCAUGGACGGUGCGAAGGCCCCCGAACCCGAACAGUCCAAUCCUGCGGCACCUGCCAUCGACGUCUCGGGCCUGAGGCUGAGUAGCGCGGUGAACCUGGGCAGUCUGCAACCUGGGCAGUAG